UCAUUCUUUUUCGAAACUACGAUUUAUAAAUUAUUUGUGGAUACAGGCCUCAUUACUAGUCGAAAAUUACCAUUCAAUAGCAAAUGAUAUAUUAACUGACAACCGAACAAUUUAAUUUUUCACCCGAAUUCGUACUAACAUUGACGGUUAUUUGUUGACCUGUUUACAUGCCCGAUUUAGUUCAUUGUGCCCUUUGCAAGAGUGCGGUCCUAUAGUGCUUCUCUUCGUAUUUUUAUUGCUUUUUCUUCGAAUUUUGUUUCGGGACUUUAAACGUGAAAUAUUGUGUUUAAGAUUUUUAAGAUGUUCAGCACAACCAAGCAGUGUUCAUGCAAGCUGAUCUUCCAGCUACAACACAAACUAAAACAAGUGUCCAAACAUGCUUCGAGAGCGUGUUCAUUAAAAGUCAAACAAGUAUUAAGUGAUCCAUUGGAAUACAGAAAAUACGAACACGAAAACGAACAGUAUGACGAAACCGAUAGUGAGAUUACAUUUAGAUUUAAAGACCUAACCACAAAACUAUGUGAUCCAGAUCAACUUCGUACCAAACCUGAUGUUACAGACCUAAAAUUUGGUCACAUUUUCACAGAUCACAUGCUAAAGGUAUUUUACCACAAGAAGUUAGGUGGGUGGCAAAAGCCUGUAAUAAUUCCAUUUGAGAACAUUUCAUUGCACCCUGCUGCUAAGGUUCUACAUUAUGCCGUUGAGCUCUUCGAAGGCAUGAAAGCAUACAGAGGUGUCGAUGGUAAGAUUCGAAUAUUCCGUCCUGAUUUAAAUAUGAUCCGAAUGAAUCAGUCCGCUAUCAGUUCAGGACUACCAACAUUUGACAGCAAUGAAAUGAUUAAAUGCAUGAAGAGACUUUUGGAAGUUGAUCAAGAGUGGGUUCCACACAGCGAAUCGAGCAGUUUGUAUCUUCGACCAACGCUAAUUGGAAUUGAUGGUACUCUUGGAGUUCAACAGUCUGAUUCAGCUCUUUUGUACACAAUUAUGUGCCCCGUGGGAAGCUAUUUUGAAGGAGAUAAUGAUGCAGUAUCGCUGUUAGCUGAUCCAGCUUAUACAAGGGCUUGGCCUGGAGGUUGUGGAGAUAAGAAACUAGGGUCAAACUAUGGUCCAACUAUAAGAGUUCAAAGCAAAGCCAAUCAAAGGGGUCGUCAGCAAGUGUUAUGGCUUUAUGGUCCAGAACGUCAAAUAACCGAAGUCGGAACUAUGAAUAUCUUUAUAUUUUAUAAAGACGAGUAUGGAAAUAAAGUCUUAGCUACACCACCACUUAAUGGUUUAAUCUUACCAGGAGUAACUCGUCAGUCAAUUCUUCAGGUGUGUGAACAGUGGAAGGAAUUUAGGAUCGAACAAAGGAUUAUUACAAUGACAGAUAUUAUUCAGUUAGAGAAAUCCGGCAGGCUUCUUGAAAUGUUUGGAUCUGGUACGGCCUGUAUAGUAAGCCCAAUAAACUCAAUAGAAUACGAAGACCAAAUGAUCUACAUACCCACCACCCAACACAAAAGUCCCAUAUACCGUAGAGUCAGGGAAGAUUUGAAGGCAAUUCAGUACGGACAUAUAGAACACCCAUGGGCUCAACCUAUAGACUAGCAAUAGGGUUAUGUACCUUUUUGUUUCUCAGGUCUAUUAUUUUUUUAUAUUUAUUUUUUUUGUGUAUAUAAAUACUUUAAGUUAAAUAAGUAAAAAAAUAUUCGCCAAUUUACUUCAGGUGAUCUGACUAUAGUUUUUAAAUUGAAAAGAUUUAUUAAAUAUAUCAUAACUUAUAACUUUGUUGCAAUUUGUAAGUAUUUUAUAAGAAUCUUGCAUUUUUAAAUGUUUAUAUUAUUUAUUAAUUAAGACACUGACUGUGGUUAUAUUUCUAUUUAGAGUUAAGUGUAAAUAUUAGGGUUAGAAGAUAUUUUUUAUAUUAGAAUAAUUUUUAAAUAAAAAAACUACUUUACAAUAAAUUUAUUUAUAAGCAGAAAGAUAAUCAAUAUAAAGAAGAUUAAGAGAAAAUAAAAUAUUUAAUUUUAAAUGAAACUAUUGUUGAUUAGUCUGAAAUACUAUUGCUGUUAUGUAAUGUAAAGAAAGAAUAUUUGAAGAUUAUUUAAAUCCUAGCAUUUUAAUUUGAUGAUGAUAUAGUUUAGAGCACUAUAUACCAUUAUAUCCAUCUUCAUUUGCUUAAUUGCAAAAGAGUCUUCUUUAAAAAGCUGUAAAAUUUGUAUCCGAACAUGAUGUUUGUUUGCAUAAUAGGACUUAAUAGAAGUCUGUGAAGAAGUGCAUCGACUAUCUCAGAUUAAUAAAAGAUCCAUGUACAGUAUGACGUCUCAUUCUUUAUGAAUUAUCUUAUUUUUUUAUCAAUUCGAGAAGCACUAGCCACCAUAAAACGAAGUGUUAUUAAUAAAAAAGAAAGGCAUUAUAUUAUAAUAGAUUUAUUAAAUAACUAUUCAUCUGUACAAUAUGUGAUAAUAGCGUAUAAUGCGAAAAAUAAUAAUAAAGGGAAUUUAAAGUACA